ACUUACAAAACUUCAGAAACAACCCUCAUAUUUAAAGAACGGAAGUAAACAAUUAACGAUAAUAUUGAUUGAUAUAUUACUGAAUGAAUGAUUUCUAAUAAUUGAAUUAAUAUUCUUGACUUCGCAAACCGCACUUAUGAUAUAAUCAGCAGACUUGUUAGUAUAAAGUCAGCAGACUUGUUAACUUACAAUAUUCUUUUCUUGUAGCUCGUGUCUGUCGGUUCACUUGGAGUUGUCUACGUCUACAUAAUAGCUCUUAGAAGCAUACUAUUUCUCAUGUUGAUGUCAGGUGUGACGUCACUGUCCUUGCAACAAGUAAAUGAACAAUGGAAUCUGUUCAAAGAUAGGUUCAGUAGAACGUACACAUCACCAGAAGAAGAGAUCUCCAGAUACACAGUUUUUACGGAAAACCUGAAGACGAUCUUUUUACACAACAUGGCCGCUGAUAAGGGGCACUACUCUUACUGGUUAGGAAUAAACGCUUUUGCUGACUUGACUAACAAAGAAUUCGAAGAACAGUACACGGGACUCAAGAUAACGCCUAGAGGCAGAAAGGUUGAUGAAAAACUUUUAAGAUACAACCUCAGUUCAUUGCCGAAAGAAACAGACUGGAGAGACGAAAAGUGUGUGACUCACGUCAAAUUCCAGGGCGGGUGCGGAGACAGUUACGCCUUUUCUGCUACGGGGGCGUUGGAGGGCCAUCGCUGCAUAAGGACUGGCAAACUCGUGUCACUGUCUGAACAGAACAUACUGGACUGUACAUACAACAACACUUCUAGGGAUGAGGGCUGUGCUGGCGGAGAUCCAAACAACGCAUUCCAAUAUGUGAUGGACAACGGUGGAAUAGACACCGAAGAAUCCUAUCCGUACAAAGCAAAGGUUGGAAAGUGUGAGUUCAGUAAAAAGGAUGUCGGCGCAAUUGAGAAGGGGUUUUACGACAUACCUGAAGGAAAUGAGAUUGUACUGCAAGCAGCUGUGGCUUGGAUAGGACCAGUGUCUGCCUGUGCAUAUUCCCCAGGUUUUCGGUUCUACCAGCAUGGAGUAUAUGACUGCGGAAAUAAGUCAGAUUCAAGUAUUAUGGUAUCAAACCUACCUAAACACGCCAUGUUAGUUGUUGGCUUUGAUCAAACAGUUGAAGGGGAAGACUACUGGAUAUUAAAGAACAGCUGGGGGACAUCUUGGGGAAUACGAGGUUACAUGAGGCUGGCCAGAAACAAAAGGAACACAUGUGGAAUAGCAAGCUACGCUUCUUACCCUGUAGUUUGAUCAAAGGGCGUCAUUUCUACAGACAUUUCGAAGGCGGUGUCCGUAUAUUCAACAUCUACUUGUUCUUGUUUUUUAUAUGUUUUUUUGUGUUGUCUUGCAUUUUUGACUGUGUUAUUGUUUCGUUGCAAUCAAAUUGUUUGCUUCUUUCAGAAAAUACCCUUAACCUUUCGUUGAUUUUGUGAUUUUGUUGAUUCAGCAAACUAAAGUCAGACGAACAUUAAAAUUCCCAUUCAUUUUAUCUUUGAAUUUAAAUGUCACGUCUUUUCGGCAAAAGCAGCGAAAUGUUAUGUAUACACUCAAUAAACACAUGCUUACAAAAUACGUGGAUAAAAUAUCAAGCGUUUCACAUGAAACUAUGUCAUACAUACUGCAAUUGUCUGCAAACAUACCAUGCAUUUCUGUUCGCGCUCAUAAAUAUUUGUUAUCAAGAAAGGAAACUAAAUCAUAUAUCGAUGCGCUAAACUGUUGCUUUGACGUUUUGGUGUGUUUGAAGGGCAUCAACACGCCGGAACGAAAUGGCAGAAAUCAGCCACCAUAGUUAUGCAGAUAAAAAUUUCUAGAUAUCGUCAGGCGGGUUUGAAAUUACUGUAUAAAUGAUUGUUACACUAUUGAGACUUGGUAUUAGAGAGGGUGUUUCGGUCUGAAUUAAUGUUUCUAUUUUGUUUGUUAAAAAAAAUAACGGACUUCUUUUUUUGCUUUAUUUUUGCAAUAAGAGAGCAUCUUUUUCCUUUGGAGAACAACUGAGUGUAACAUAUAUAUGCACAAAAAAAUACAUUAUUCAUCUUUCGGGCCAUAAUAAUCUCUGUACACUAAUCAAAAUAUAAGGCUUCACACGUGAGAGGUGGCGCUGCUAUGAACCGUUUGAUUACAUACAAAACGUUUAGUUUCCAUCUGGCCGCUUUAUGACUGAUUUGAUGAUGAAUUUCAUGUUUAAUCAAUCUAAAGUAAAAGGAAUACAAGAGAAUACACGACAUGUUAAACCAGCUGUACUUGCUAUGUAUUCGUUUUCUCGUUAUUUCAAGCAA